AUGUCUAUAAUGGAAUCUCAAGAGCCACAGCAAACCCCUUUUGCCGCUGUGACGGCCCAGACCUCGCGACUUCAAUGUCAAUACCAAACUUUACUAGAUAUUUCGACACCCUAUGUGCCUCAUCGAUGGCUUGGAACGAUAGCUCUGUUAAUGAUGUUCUUUGUUCGGAUUUUUCUUGCACAGGGAUGGUAUAUCGUCGCGUAUUCAUUGGGAAUAUACUUUCUUAAUCUUUUCCUUGCCUUUCUUCAGCCCAAAUUCGACCCAUCAAAUGAAGUAGAAGACGACGAAAUGGAGGGUGGUACUGCUGGAAGCCUACCUACCAAACAAGACGAAGAAUUCCGCCCUUUCAUUCGCCGUUUGCCUGAGUUUAAGUUCUGGUAUUUAGCAACGAGAGCGACACUAAUUGGGUUCUUCUGCACGUGGUUUUCUGUCUUUGAUGUGCCAGUCUUCUGGCCUGUCUUGGUUAUAUACUGGCUGAUUCUAUUUACCUUAACAAUGCGCCGGCAGAUUCAGCACAUGAUUAAGUAUCGAUACGUACCAUUCACGUUUGGGAAGGCAAAGUAUCACAAAAAUAGUUCUUGA